AUGACCCCAGCGACGAGCACAAGCCUUGCUGCGUCCAGCACAGCGCCAGCCAAGCAAGGUGGCGGUGGUCCCAAAAUUGGCGGCUCGACAGCGGCGUUUGCGGCCCUCAUCGCAGGCAUGUGUGUCCUCGCCAUCAUCCUCGCUAUCCUCCCGUUUGUGCUCUGUCGGGGAAGGCGCGGGCGUGGGAAGCGCGCGGCAGUGUCGACCAAGGAUCCGUACGCGGACACGCCGAUGCCUGACGUGCGUGUCGUCAAUGCCAACCGGUUCUCGCUACCUCACAUGCCGACCAUAGGCGAUGGAAGGAUCGGUGGCGGCGUGGCAUCGAAGCUUAAGCGUGUGGCUACGAUAAAGACCAAGACGAGGACGAGAACGAGGAACAAGGGUACGAGAGAUAUCGGGGAGAAGAUGCGUUCUCCCCACUCGCCAAUCUCCCCGCGAGCCGCGCUCAAUGGCCGUGGCUGGGUCCGCCUCGACGACGACAACGACGACAGCGACGGCGACAGCCUCGCAGGGGAGCGUGUGGCCGAGCACGGGACGGGCCGCGACAGCGACGGCGACGUCUCGCUGUCGAGCUUUGCCUACUCGUGGUCCAACGGAGGCAGCGACGCUCAGCCGCUCACCGACGCGGCCGUGGUGGCGGGCUCGAGCCGCCUGGCCAUUGACGGGGCUGGAUACUCGGAACACCAGCUUGGCUUUGGUCUUGCCCCGCGCGGACUCGGGCUCGAGGUCACCACCAACGGCCUUGGUCUUGCAGACCUCGACAAUGAGCCCCUCAACGCCGAGUCCCGCCACAUUGGGACAGCGCAGUAG